AUGGAGAGCUUAGUGUUUGUGUUUUUAAACCUUUUCCUCAGGCUCGCCUUCUCUGGAAUCUACGUUCCGUUGUCUUUUGCGUUUCCUUCCAAACAUGAUGCCCGAACUGAGUUGGUUGGAGAAGGCCGGGACUCCAAGUACCCGUUCUUUGAGCAACAGAGUGCUGUGGUCGAGAAACCAGAUCAAGUUAAUACUAUCACUGUGAUAUGCCAUCCAGACUUUAUGGAAAUUGACAUCAAAGCUGAUAUGUUUAAAGUUGGUUUUCCUGUUGAUGGGGAUGAGCUGCGCCUUGGCGUUGAGCAUAACGACUUAUGCAAAGCUGUGGCAUCCUCGCAUGAAGACUACAGUAUUAUUAUUGGCCUGUCAGACUGUGGGACUAAACACUGGAUGACCAAGGACUUGCUGAUUUACACUAAUCUCCUCAUAUACGAUCCCAUGCCCUCUCCCGAUGGCUUGAUUCGAAUGGAGGAGGCUGUGAUUCCAAUUGAGUGUGACUAUGAAAGGAAGUACAGCUUGUCCAGUGCUGCACUUAAGCCUACCUGGGUCCCCUUCACAUCCACCCAAGCUGCUGUGGAAGCCCUGGAAUUUGACUUGACGAUCAUGACAAGUGACUGGCAGUAUGAGAGGAGCUCCAACGUGUUUUACCUUGGCGAGCCCAUCGCGAUAGAGGCCUCUGUCAGGGUCGGUCAUCAUGUGCCGCUCAGGGUGUUUUUGAGCAGCUGUGUGGCGACACUCAACACCGACAUAGAGUCCACUCCUAGAUACGUCUUUAUUGACAAUGAUGGGUGCUUGGUCGACUCCCAGCUUCAAGAGACAAAUUCUCAGUUCUUGCCAAGGACACAAGAUGAGAUGCUCCGGCUGGUCAUUAAUGCCUUUAGGUUUCAUAAUGAUGAUAGGGGAGAGAUCUACAUCACAUGUCAUCUCAAUGCUGUGCCAGUCACAAGUGAACCAGAGCCAGAACACAAAGCAUGCACCUUCAUUAAUGGAAGAUGGCGAUCAGCUGAUAGCAAUGACUACUUGUGUGCAUACUGUCAAAACACAAAUGAAGCUGGCAAAACCCACACUCACUCCAGUAGCUAUGCCGCAUUUGGCCCUCGCAGCUAUGGCAGCUCUCAGGUUCCUAAAACUACCUGGAGGAGUGGACCAAAGGCUGACAAAGCUUGGGAACAGGUCUCAAGUGUGGGUCCCGUGUUGGUAUUGCCUGCCAGACGAAGCGAACCUUUCCCCCCAGAAGAUCUUCCUCCACUGCUCUCCAAAAUCGCCAAACCCUCGCUAUAUGGCAGUCAGUGGAGAAGUGGCGUGAACAAAAUCGGUCAUGUGGACGGCCCCAUGGAGUCAAGUGAAGAUGAAGAAGCUUUUGGGGAGAAAGAUUUAGAGAAGGGACUGGUUUCUACAAAAAUGACAGUGGUGCAGAAGGUGAUGCCUGGGUUUGACCAUGACGCAGGUCCCUCAAGUCUGGGUGAGAAUGAAGAUCUGAAAGAUCGAGGUGAGACUGGAGAGCUGAAAAAUCGUUGCAUUAACUCAUCACUAACUCCCUUGAAAUCGCUGACAGAUGAGGUUGCCAAAGAACACCAAGUGGUCUUGGACAAGAACGCACCUGUAAGUAUCGACGACGAAUCCAUGCAGACAUCCGACAUGACAUUGCACAAGACUGAUGACGUCACAGAGGCAUCUGGUGACGAUAGCUCUGCCGCCCCUCAAGAGGAAAACUACAGUGAGCUGGAGACAAGGACACUGAGAACAACUACAGACUCUGGCCUUUCAGAUAAAGAUGCACCCAAAAAAUAA